AUGCGCGGGUCGCCGGGCAGCAUGGACCGCCGCGCCUCGUGCUUGCUGCUGCUGCUGCUGCUGCUGCUCUCCGCGACGCAGCGGGGUCGCGGCCUGAAAAAUGUGAGCCUGCUGGUGUUUCCGCCGGCAGUGCAGAGAGGGCAGCACGCGUCGUUGCUGUGCCUGUACGACCUGGAGGGGGCGCCCUUGUACUCCGUCAAGUGGUACCGUGGCCGGCUGGAGUUCUACCGUUACUCGCCCAGCGAGAAGCCGCCCACCAAGAUCUUCCCGUUCCCUGGCAUCCACGUCGAUCUGUCGGUGUCCAACGACAGCCUGGUGGUGCUGCGCAACGUGGGCUUCAACCUGUCGGGCAACUUCAGCUGCGAGGUGACGGCCGACGCGCCGUCCUUCAGCACCAAGACCGUCCACCAGCACCUGCUCGUCGUGGCUCUGCCCGAGGAGCCGCCGAGGCUGGAGGUGGAGGGCUCCAGGUACUACCCGGGGGACAUCCUCAAGGCCAACUGCUCUUCGGCGCCGUCGCGCCCUGCCUCCUCCAUCGCCUUCCUCAUCAACGACUCGCCGGUGGGGUACUCGCAGACGGUGGCCAGCCGGCAGCCGGACCAGCUGGAGAGCAGCUGGCAGAGCCUCACCACGCAGCUGUUCCCCUCGCACUUCGCGGCCGGCCGGCUCGUGCUGCGCUGCACCGCCUACAUCGGCACCCUGUACCGUCAGUCGGCCGAGGCGCGCUUCUACAGCAAGGGCCGCGAGCCCGUGCCCGAGCGAGUAACUUCACCAAACAUGACGUCACGCACGUCGACAUCGCUGCAAUGCCUCCUGCUAGUGCUGAGUUGCCAGUUCUUCAGAUAGCGGCAACAUCGCUUCCUUUCGUCGUACGAGCAUCACCGGCCUCUAAAUCAAGACUUCGACUAUGUCACGUCAUAAUAAUCUACGAACGUUGGAGAGUGGUGAGGAUAAAACAUUUUCCAAACCCGUUUAGACAAAUUCUUUCAAAUUUGCUUGGUCUGUGGUGUUACUGAAUACGCAGGAAACCAUGGAGUUAUAGUUGUUAAUUUUUUUUUCAGAGCAAAUCAAAAUGUGUUUGCGAGAUCUGACAGUUUUAUUUCUUUGUUAAGCAACAUCUAUUUGGAGUACAAAUUGCACAAUAAUAUUUCCUUGAACUAAAGAAAAUAUAAAUGUAAGUUUCUUCUAUUCAAGGUUUCAAGCCAAAGACUGCUAGAGACAUUGCAAAAUGGACAGUUGGUGAAAAAGUUUCAGAUUAGGGGCAUGUCUUUUUGUACAGCUACUCCGUGUACAAUAGACACACUUGUACAAACUAAUUUUUAAUUGGUAACUGUGGUGCGUCCAGAAAGUAUUCCUAAGAAUACAUCCGUGUUAUGAUGUUUAAUUGUUGACGUAAGCGUAUUUUUUUGUCAUAGUGCAUAACAAGAGUGUUACCGAUGUUUUUCCUGGACACAUAGCUGUUUCCACGAAUGUGACGUUGAUGUUUUGUAACUCUACUUAAAUACUUGUUUAUUUUGUGUUUGGUGUGUAAAUAAAUGGUUUGUUCAACAA